AUGGUUGCUGUAGAUCCCACUACUGUCACCAAGCAAGAAUACCAAGAUAUCUGUGGGGUAUCUUUUGGUGAAGACGCUUUGCUUCAAAGACUGAAGGCAACCAACUUUUUGCACCCAAAGCAUGUUGAAGUGAUUGAAGACAUUGCUCCUAUUGCCGGUGCAAUGGUAGAUGAAAUUCUUUUGGAAACUGGUGAAGCUUCCUGGCAACCUCAAGACUUCUUGCCAGACCUGAGCAAGGAAGGAUGGGAAGAUGAAGUAAAGGAGUUGAGAAAGAUGACGGAGGGAGUACCAGAUGACGUCAUGGUGGUUCUCGUGGGAGACAUGGUCACCGAAGAGGCGCUUCCCACCUAUCAGACACUUCUAAACACAUUUGAAGGUUGCGACGACCCAACGGGAGACGCAGACAGUGCGUGGGCCCGCUGGAGCCGUGGUUGGACUUCAGAAGAAAACAGACACGGUGACCUGUUGAACAAAUACUUGUACCUUGGUGGCAGAUGCGACAUGCGAAGCAUCGAAGUUACAAUUCAACACUUGAUUACCAAUGGGUUCAAUCCUGACGCUCGCAAGGAUCCUUACAGAGGAUUUGUCUACACGUCAUUCCAAGAGAGAGCUACCAAGGUCUCCCACGGAAAUGUUGGUAAGCUUGCUGGAGAGUACGGCGACUCUAGUUUGAAGAAGAUCUGUUCCAAAAUUGCCGGCGACGAAGCACGUCACGAAAAGGCCUACCAAACAUUCUGCGAAGAAAUUCUGAAGCGAGAUGCUGAUGGUUUGAUCAUGGUCUUUGGAGACAUGAUGAGAGGUCAAAUUUCAAUGCCAGCAGAGUUGAUGACUGACGGCGUCAGCGACAGUCUGUACGAUGACUUUUCCUCUAUUGCCCAACGACUAGGAGUCUACACUGCACUUGACUAUGCUGACAUCAUUGGACACUUGGUCAAGAGAUGGGAUUUGGAGCAUUUGGAGGGGCUUUCUGCUGAAGCAGAGAAGGAAAGAGAGUACCUAUGCAAGCUCCCACAACGGUACAAGAAGCUUGCCGAGAGAUCUAUGAACAAGAAGAAGAAAGUGGACGAAGAGGAGCCCGAAAGGCGCUUUAGCUGGCUCCAUGGACGAACUGUAUAG